CGAAUAUUUGAAAUGACGCAGUCAGUUUGGGAUAUCGCUGUUCAGCAGAAUAAAAACAAGCCAGUACAAGGGAAUGUAGAGACUACGAUCAUUUUCGCGGGAAACAGGCAGUCUGUAUGUUGCGAAUGGUCAUCCGACUUUCACUUUCCAAACAAUGUUUAGGGGAAAAGUACAAUCAUUAACCGAUUCCUUGAAAAGGAUGAAACACCAAAACCAACUUUAGCACUUGAUUAUACUUUUGGACGUAAAGGUGCUGGAAACUAUAUGACUAGAGCUGUGUCGCACAUAUGGGAGCUUGGUGGCGGAUCAAAACUUUCAGAUCUAAUUGAUGUAUUGAUCACGCCCAACAACAUACUGAAUCUUCACCUUAUUUUAGUUGUUGAUUUAUCAAAGCCUACAGAACUUUGGGAUACAGUGGACAAUCUACUGAAAUCAGCUUCUUCUCGUGUCGAGCAAAUAUUUAGUCGACUUCGACAAAAGAACAUAACACAUAUUCAGAAUACUCUGAAUGAAAAUUUGAGAAAAAGGAUUUCAUCAACACAUCCAGAUGUAGAGCUUUUAAAUCCUUUUCCCUUACCUCUUACAUUCUUAGGGACAAAAUAUGACAUUUUUAGGGAAUUCAGUAGUGAACAACAAAAUCUAAUUAGCAAGACAAUACGUUUUCUGAGUCAUUACUAUGGGGCAUCUUUAUAUUUUUCAUCUAUUAGAGAAGAUGAAUUGCUCAAAAAGACGAGGAUUCUUCUCAAUCACAUCGCUUUUGGUGGUAAAAUAACAUUCAGCGAACAAAUGAAAACAGGAAAGCCAUUAGCUAUUCCUGUUGGUAUGGAUUCAUUCUCAAACAUUGGGGUACCACCAAGUUCAGAUAUGGAAAUAAAAUGUUUGACAGUGAAAUCACCGCUAGAGAUGUGGAAAAAUGUUUUCUGCAAUAAAUUCCCACAAAAACUUGAGACAACAUCAUUGCGUCAUGUGAAACAAGAGACAACUGGUGUCUGUAAUCCAAGUAAAGAUCCUCAAUAUGCUGAACCACUCAUCGAUACAGCUCGAAAGAUAAAAGACGAUGAGCUGGAAGAGAAAAGACGUCAAGCUGAACGGAAAAUGUAUAAUUUACUACAACAAGUCACUUCAGAAGGAUUACUUAUUGCUUAGAUUAUAUUGAUUAGGUUACUUACUUCUUCAAUGAGUUGUUUUACAUUUUCCCUGUAUACUCUUUUUAUUGUAUUAUACUGAAUUGUUUGAAUAGUUGAUUUACUGUACAGCAUGUUUUUGAAAUGUGUAUUGUUUUUUCUCUUUCUUGGGUAGAUGUUCAUUCUGAUAAAACUGUUA